AUGGCAUCCUUCAAGAGGUUUGUGACCACCCUUGUAGUAGCCGUUUCCAUAUUGAGCAGCUACCUUACUAUGACUACCGAAGCCACCCCAACUUAUCACUACCAUUUCUGCUCAAAUACAACCACUUUCAAUCUCAACAGCCCCUACAAAUCCAAUCUGGAUAUCGUUUUGUCUAAUCUUUCCUCGAACGCCGCCCAAGAAAGCGAUUUCAUCUUCUUCAGGGCCGAUGCUGGCGACAACGGCACUAGUAACUAUGUCUAUGGCAUCUAUCUCUGCCGUGGCGAUGUUAACUCCGCCAUCUGCCACGACUGUGUGUUAACAUCAAUCGAAUAUGCACGCCAAAAGUGCUCUGUAGAGAAAGAGGUGAUCAUAUGGUACGACGAAUGCAUGCUGCGCUACUCCAACCAAUCCUUCCAGUCCACCAUGUCAGCGUCUCCCUCUUUUUGCAUGUGGAAUACGCAGAAUGCGACGGAAAGCGACAAAUUCAAGCAGGAAGUAGAGAAGACAAUGAAUGAAUGUGGAAGUAAGGCUGCAAAAAGUGCUAAGAAGUUCAUGGUACAAGAAGCUGAUAUAUCAGGAUUCGACACCAUCUACAGCUUGGUGCAGUGCACGCAGGACUUGUCUAUCCACGAUUGUACCAAAUGUCUCCAGUAUGCGACUUCGAGUUUUCCACCACUUUUAGAUGGAAAAGAAGGUGCAAGAGUUUUCCUUCCUAGUUGUAUUAUUAGGUACGAACUUUAUCCUUUUUAUGAAGCAGCUGAAUCGCCUAAAGUUCAUCCAUUGAUUACUAGAAAUCAGCAAAUGAAAUGA